UUGGCAGCUGAACACGGGAGAAUUUUUUGAAGAAUCUCCGCACAAGUUUAACCAGCAGAAACCAUCUUAAUAUACUCUAGAGAGAAAUAAGUAUUUUCCUCUUUUAAAUGCGUUUUAAAUGGAGAAGAUGCGUCUUGGUACCGCAUUGGCAUUUCUUACACUCUUGGUUUGUCCACUGCUGCUGGAGUGCGCCACAACCACAUACCAGAUGGUAAAACAAAGUGACAAGCCAGCAUUUCAACUGUCUGUGAACUUGUCGUCUAAAGUCAUCAAUGUAACUAUGGAACCUGGAGAAAGAAAAGUGUGGACCAGAUGGUGUCACAAAAAAGGGAACAGUUGCAUGGGUGGCCCAGAUUCUCCUCCAGUUAUGAUUGAUCCAUCUCAGUCUCGAUCAACUGUUCUUAACAUGUCUUACCUGCUGCCCUGUUUGUGCGUGCAGGUAUAUUACACCCACAGAGAUACCAGCAGACACAUAAAGUGCCUAUUUGAAAAUGAAGAACUCACAGAUGUCCGAGAUGUUUGGGCCUCUUCUGAGCUCCGUGCAAAUCCAUCAAGUAUCCAUUGGAGCUCAUUGUGUUCAGUCAUCUACCAAAAGAUCUCUGCCUCCCUCUGUUGGAAGCAAUAUGAACACCUCUGCACACCUGUUCUCAACUCAACACUGAAUGGGAAUGAUGAUGGAAAAGCCCUUACAUAUGACACAUCUGUAGUAGACAGACAUCCUCAGAUGUGUGUGGAGCUUUCUCUACAAGGCAGUCAUCACCUCUACUGCCCCUUCAAAGCUGACGAGUCUUCAUGGGAGGUUUAUAUUGAACUGGACAAGCAGAGCGUGUCUGCUUAUCUCACAUCCUCUGUCCCAGCAACAUUCUCAGCUCAACUCUGUCUCCUUAAUGAGAGGGGAUGUACACCCACAGCACAAGUGUAUUCAGUAAGAAUGAAAGGGAAUACUAGUGACAGUACAAGACUAAGUGUGCCUCUUCCCUUUACUGCAGAGAAGCCAUGUGUACAGGUGUGGCAGUCAGAUCCUGCACGCCAUGGAACAAGAAUUCUGUGUCCAGACUACAAGCACUACAGACACGGGAUGUAUGCAGUAGCAUGUUUGUGUUUUGUGGUCUUUGUUGCAUUUCUGGGAAUUUUCAUCCGCCGUCUUACUAAGAGUGGAGCUACAGGUUGGCUUUACAUCCAGAAGCCCGUGUUGCUGGUGUGCUCAUCAGAGCAGUCGGCACAUGUCUCUGCUGUGUGCGCACUGGCCUCCAUCCUGCAGGAAGAGCUCAGUGCUACAGUACACAUGGCGCUUUGUGCCCAAAGCAAAGGCAUUCUGGGGGCCGGGACUGGAGUGGCAGAUCUGGGCCCACUUCCCUGGCUUUAUGGGCAUUGGGAGGUUAUGCGUAAGGCACAAGGAAAAGUGUUGAUUAUCUGGAGUCCUGAAGCCAAGCAGACCUAUGAGAAGUGGAAGGAGGAGAGGUCAAACACAGGUAAGAAUGAGAGAAAGAAAGAAGAAGACAGCAAAGCAAAAGUCAGAGAAGAGGUGGAAGAGCAGACAGAUUGUGACUGGUACUCUCAGAACAAACCCUCUGCAGUGAUAGGACCAGUGUUUACAGCUACUCUGGCCUGCCUGGAGGGGACGCUGCAGGAGUGCAAAGAUCAAGGAGUUGCCCUUGUCUACUUCCAGGGCCUUGGCCACAACAAGGACAUCCCAAAGGCCUUCAGAGGUGUCUCUCGAUACUGCUUACCUCAGGAUUUCAGGGGUUUAAUACAAGAGCUGGGAGGGAUGACAAGACAGACAACAACUGGUCAAUUUAUGUGGCACUGUUGGCCCAGACUCCUGUCGAAAGUGAUGUCAGUACGGCUGGCACGGCAGCUAGCCCACAGACUACAGACAUUGCUGCCUCAGGUGCAAGGAAAGAAAAAGCAAGAGCUGAGUGUCACAUCGACACAGACAGUGAUGUCAGGAUCUGUACAAGAACACGAGCCUCUCCACGGGUCACUAUGGAGAGCAGAGGAGCUUGAAUCUCAAAUUUCUUGAGUCUGACUAGGACAGACUUUUGUUCUCCUGUAAACAUGAUACAUGAGACAUGAGAGCUGGUGUUCCACUGUGAGCACACCAGAGCCAGUCACUCAGUGAAAAGUAUUCGUUUCUUGACACCACCAUGUCAUAUAUACAUCCACCGCUGGUUUUGCAUAUUAAAAAGGUAAAUAUUCCAUUCUGUGUACUGCAUUUAUCUGCUAACAAAGGCCGGUCUUUAUGUCGCUUUCGUGACUGAAGCCACAGCGAACACCUGCCCUUAUCUCUGUAAAUAUGCUAACGGCCAUGAAAAUAUGGUUGCAAAUAUGCCCCUAUGAGUGCUGUCAAAAGUGUUUUGACAGCACAGGUGACAAAAUGUCUCACUGUUGUUGACAUGAACUUGCAAAUUUGUGUAGGAUUUUGAUGUUGAGCCAAAACCCAAAAGCCAAGGCUGUCCAAGGAUUUCCAGUGUUAGAGUGAAAAGAUAGAGUGACUUGUACUGAAGUGUAUUUGACUGUUUAAUUAGUUUAUGAAUAAUAAUUUCUCCUCAGCUUUUCGUGUUUAUCCUGUUAGAUUUAACCAUUACACGUCUUAUAUGAGACUACAGCUGUCUUCGACUAAACAUCAGCAAAUAUACUACCUCCUAUAUUCCAUAACAAAUUAUCAGUGUUAUUUUUCCCCCCUCAGGCAUACUGCACAUCUUCAUUUAGAAAACAUUGCUGUACCUAAAUGGUAGCUGCAAUUAUAAUACAAAUAUGUCUUAGCUGAAGGGGUUUGCAGUGUCCCAGAGAGGAAAAACCAGUAUUAUUCAAAUGUUAUCAACGGCAAAAACAGCAUACAGAAGUUACCUCAAAAUCUCAGAGCAUUAGAACAACACAACCAUGAUAGUGGUACUUUCCCUGAUCUUAUUUAAUUGCUGUGAUCCUAUUACUGUGUUUAACGGUUGACGUUAUGCAAACUAACUUUAAACUGUUAACUCGGAUCUUGUCAGGAGUGUGAUACAAAUUUGAUGGCCCCUUGUAAAAAAAAUACUUGUUCAGUGUCUUCAGACUUUAUGUUACAUGAACAGAUACUGCAAGAUGGACAGAACACUGUUGGCAUUAUGACAUUUGAGUUAAUGGUUAAUUAUGAAUUAAUGCUUUUUUAUAAAGAAAAAUAUUCUUGUAUAGUUACUGAAAUGACAAGAAACUAAUGAAGGGAAACGUCUUCUCCUAACAAUGAAAUCUGAUUUCUUGGCAUCUCCCUGGGUAUCUGUUAUAUUAACCUCUGUGAAACCUGCUUCUUCAGAACAUUGGCAAUCACCCAUUAUUUAUUGACAGACCUGCUUGACAGGAUUGAUAAGGAAGUUGAUUGUAAGUUAAAGUAAACUCGGACACAACAUUAUCUUUAGCAUAUGAGGUUUAGUUGGAACUGGUCCCUCUGUUUGGAAUCAGUUGAAGAAUCACCUAAAUCUUUUGGAGCUGGUCUGCUUGAAUGUAUUUUAAAUUAUUGUAAAGAACUUGGAGACAGGCACAUCUGGCUGUAGAUGUUAUACUCAUAUUGCCCCCAUUUGAUCCCAGUUGUUGAUGACCUGUAAAUAUCCUGUAAUCUAUUAUUUGUAUUAUAAAUUGUUACUUUUUUAAUGUCUGCAACAAUGUUAAUUGUGUUUCUGCUUGUUUUGACCAGCACAAGCUUGUAAAAGGACUUUUCUUGGUUCAAUAAAGAUUAAGAUUAAAGAUGAAUGUCUAUAGAGUUUUCACUGAGCGAAGACUUCAUAAUGUCAUUCAUCAGGUUAUAAAUGAAUCAUAUAGGUCACAAAACUUGGUUAAGGUAAUGCACACUAUGUUGGUCAGUUUACUCCCAGGGGUACAGCCAUAUGUUAUUUAAUAAACUAGUUGUUCUUAGAGGUACCUAGUUCUCAAGGAAAUUCAGCCAUUUA